AAUUCACCGGCUACUCGGUCGCAUGCCCUCUCUAUUGUUUCUGCCUUUCUCUUCUCUCAGGUUCUUUUUUCCUUAGAUUCUGGGUGCUUCUAUUUGGUUCUGCUUCGUGUCCAAGCUCCUCUUUUCUUCCUCCUCCUCCCCCUCAUCUUCUCCAAGAACUUCAACAAUGAAGAGUGGCAAAGGAAAGGGAGCAGUAAAGAACUCCAGGGAAUCAUUGAAGCCCGUUGAUGACAGAAAAGUUGGAAAGCGAAAGGCUGCAGCUAAACCUGACAGAAGUAGCAAACGGAAGACCAAGGCAAAGAAAGAUCCCAACAAACCAAAAAGACCACCCAGUGCUUUCUUUGUCUUCCUCGAGGAGUUCAGAGCAACCUUUAAGAAAGAAAAUCCUAGUGUGAAGGCUGUAUCAGCUGUUGGGAAAGCUGGAGGAGAGAAAUGGAAAUCCAUGACUGAGGCUGAGAAAGCUCCAUAUGAAGCCAAGGCUGCGAAACGGAAAGCUGAGUAUGAAAAACUUAUGAAUGCUUAUAAUAAAAAGCAGGCAAGCACAGCGGAUGAUGGAGAUGAUGAAUCAGACAGGUCCAAAUCUGAAGUUAAUGAUGAAGAUGAAGAGGAGGCACACCAAGAGGAGGAGGAGGAGGAGGAGGAGGAAGAUGACAACGACGACGAUGAAGACGACUGAGAUUUGUGCCUUCAAUUUGAAUAAUGAUGUUUCAUUGGUGGAAGUCUAUUAUAUAUGCUGUCUGUGCAUUCUAGUAGGCUACUUUUGAAUGUUCUGUGCAGAUAGAGAAGAACUUGCCUUUCACUUGAGCCUCCCUCAGGUGUUAGUUAUUGUACUCUAAUGUACUCUUUUAAGAUCUGUAGCCUGAAAUGUGUUGGCGUCCGUAGUAACAUGUUUUCCCUUUUUGAUUAACGAAUUAGUACUAUCAAGCUCCACCUUUGUAUAAAACGAAGUUGAUAUGAAUGAAACACCGUUUUCGCUUCACACAAA